AAGGUCCCAUCAAGCCCGACGCUUUCGCUUCACUCACUCUCUCUCUUUCUUCCUCACCGACCCCCCUCUCCCGUCCCCGUUAGAUCCGAGCAACGAACAGCAAACCGACCAUCGCCUCACCCUCACCAUCCCGCCCGCGCAGAAGCGGACAGACACCAUGCCCGCCACGCUAGGUGGCGUAUGGGCGCCCGCCGCGCUGCGGGCCGUCCGUACCGCCGCCUACAAGGCGAGCAAGAUGCUCCGGGCCAAGCUGGCUGCCGCCGCCGCCCGCCCCGUCGAGCACGUUGCCCUCGAGCCCGUUCUCGCCCGCGGCUCCCGCCAGCCGAUCCACCCCUCCGCGCUCGUGCGCCAGCAGAAGUCCCGGCGGUGGUACUCGUCCACCUCCGCCGCUGCCGCCAGGGUCGCCUCUGGCCCCGCCAAGUCCACCUCCUACUAUCAGCACAUCAACGCGGCCAUCCGCCGCCUCAUGAGCACGGGCAGCCUCGCCCCUAGCAUCGACCGAUGCGCCUUCCGCACGGUGACUCGCACCGGCCGCGCCAUCGCCCAGUCCGCCGGCCGCUCCCCCUGGGCCACGACGCUGCGCCCGAACCUGACCGGUGGUGCGCUACCCCGGUCCGCCAGCGGGUACGGCCUCGGCUCUGGCCGCCUCGGCGGUGUGCGCUACUUCUCGCACGGCCCCGCCUCCCCCGCCGAGGUCAUCCAGAGCGUGUCCGCUGCCGCCCGCGCCUUCUGGAUCUCGGGGCAGCGCGCCCAGUUCGACGGCCUCACCCCCCGCGGUGACCCCAAGUACCGCGCCGUCUCCGUCCUCGAGGACGAGGCCACCCGCGCCAUGGCUGCCGUGCCUCGCAGCGCCCCCGGUGCCUUCGUCGACUUCCGCCUGAGCCCGACCGUCACCGCCCUGAGCCCUCUCGCCGCUGCCUUCCCCUUCUCGUCCUCUGCCAAGGCCGCCGGCGCCGUCUCCAAGACGACCCCCGCCUUCACCUUCGAUGACGCCUCCACCCUCAACACCGAGGGCUUCAUCGACGUCCUAUCCAUCGACUUCGCCCGCGCACUGCGUGACCUCACGGCAACGCUGGCCGACGUCAAGAAGCUGGCCGACCUCGGCGACUUGCCGGUGCGCCUCGAGAAGGGCGGCGCCGUGCUGCGGGUCCGGUUCCCCGGCGUCGACGCGGCCACCGUCGAGGCGCUGUGCGACGACCUCGGGCUUACACGCGGCAUCGUUGGCGAGGACCCGGAGUUUGCGGACGACGUAGCUGUCGCGGUCGCGCUCCAGUUCCCCUUCGCGCCCACUGCUACCGCGCUGAGCUACGGGGAGGACGACGGCGACGGCGGCGGCUUCUCGCUGCGGUCCCGCCGCGGCCUCCCCGAGGGCUUCAGCUUGCUAGCCGACGAGGAGAACCCGUGGCUGUCGUCCCCGGACCUCGAAGGCUACGAGACCAUGCCACCGUCGGCGCUCAGUUCCGGCGAGCAUUGUUCUGAGGACUUCGACGGCCUCGAGGGCAUAUACCACUUCCUCGAGGAGUGCGACCGCGCCCAGAAGCGAUUCUAAGAAGAGCGUGGCGGCCCCCCAAGCCUUCGGUACCGCCGAGAAGCAACGACAACGACUGAACGAACGAACGACGGAAUAAGCGUAAAUUGAUAUCAAGUAGGGCGAGUGAUGUUUUAGGAUGGCACAGGUACUUGUUUAAUCGAGAUUGAUAUGGGAAUUGGGAGAGGGGGAGGGAAGGAAAGGAAACUGCACUCACUGCAUCGAUCUGUCCACUAGAACAGCACUUACUACGCACCUACGUAGGUAGUGUUUCUCCGGACCACCACUAUAGUACGGCGGCCGCUCUACUCUACUCCGAACGUAGGGUCUAGCUGGCUCCUACACGGGAUUUUCUAUGUCUACAGUAUUACGAAUAAAUCCAAAGCAAUCACCAAAGAGGAGAGGAGAGCUAGUGUAGUCUUG